AUGGACUCCCCACGCAAGACGUUCACCAUCGGAACGCGCAAAUCAAACUUGGCUGUGCUGCAGACAGAGAUUGUCCGGAAUGCCUUGGUGGCGAGAUGGCCGGAUUGUGAAUUCAACGUUCAUACUCGCGAUGCUGCAGGCGACUUGAACAAGAUUACCCCGCUUCGCGAGUUCACAUCGAAGAAUCUAUGGACAGAGGAGCUCGAGGAGAUGCUGCUAGCAAAGCAGCUAGAUCUUGUAGUGCACUCUUUAAAAGAUGUCCCCACGCAGAUUCCUGAGACCUGCACGCUGAGCGCUAUUAUAAAGCGUGAAGACCCGCGAGACGCUCUAGUUGUCAAAAAGGGUCAGCCAAAUAUGACCCUUGCGGAACUGCCUGCAGGUUCGGUGAUCGGAACGUCCUCUGUACGUCGUACAGCACAGCUCGGCCGCCAUUACCCACACUUGAAGGUGAUUGAUGUGCGAGGUAACAUCGACACCCGUUUGGCUAAAUUAGAUGCGGAAGACGGCCCGUUUACGUGCAUCAUACUUGCAGCCGCAGGCUUGUUGAGGACGGGACACGGAUAUCGCAUUUCACAAUAUCUAGACUCCAAAAAUGGCCAGAUGCUUCAUGCUGUGGGCCAGGGGGCGCUUGGGGUUGAAAUCCGGGCCGGCGAUGCCAGAAUGAUUGAGAUGCUGCGUGAGAUUGGGGAUCAGAAGACAACAUUUGCCUGUUUGGCUGAGAGGAACUUACUGCGGACGCUUGAGGGAGGCUGCAGUGCCCCCCUUGGCGUAGAGACAGAAUGGGUCCAGGAUACGGAUGGGAAGGAGAUGCUGAGGCUGCGAUGCAUCGUCACCAGUAUAGAUGGAAAGGAAGCGGUCGAAACUGAAAAGGACGGUGACGUCCAGACACCAGAGCAGGCCGAAGCGUUUGGCAAGGCUGUUGCUGAUGAGAUGGUCGGGAAGGGAGCAGGAAAGAUCCUGGAGGUCAUCCAGCAGAAGAAGAAAGCAUGGUAA